CAGUGGUCUUGUCGACACCAACGAGCUGUCACAGGUAAUAAAACAAGAAGGACUGGCUAAGGAUCUCUCGGGGUGCACUUUGUUUGAUCUGUUGAAAUACGAUGAUUACAAUGGCGAUAAGCAUCUGUCAAGGGAGGAGUUCUACGAGGCAUUUGAAGUGCUUCAGCUGAGUCUGCAGGAAGACCAGAAAAUGAGCAUCACCACAACAACAGUUGGACAGAGUGUGGUCCUGACAUGUGCCAUUCAGGGAACUCAGAGGCCCCCCAUCUUAUGGAAGCGUAACAACGUGGAGCUAAGCACCUUGGAGCUAGAAGAUAUAAAUGAUUUUGGAGAUGAUGGGUCGCUGUAUAUUACCAAGGUUACCACAACCCACAUGGGUAACUACAGCUGUCAUGCAGAUGGCUAUGAUAAGCUUUAUCAGACUCAUAUUCUCCAAGUGAAUGUUCCACCUGUCAUCCAGGUGUACCCAGAAAGCCAAGCCAGAGAACCAGGUGUAACUGCUAGCCUUAGGUGCCGUGCAGAAGGCAUCCCUAAUCCUCAACUUGCCUGGUUGAAGAAUGGCAUUGAUAUAACACCAAAACUAUCAAACCAACUAACUUUGCAGGCAAAUGGAAGUGAAGUACACAUAAGCAAUGUGCGCUAUGAAGAUACAGGAGCAUAUACAUGUAUUGCAAAGAAUGAAGCUGGAGUGGAUGAAGACAUCUCAUCUCUAUUCGUUGAGGAUUCUGCCAGAAAAACACGUGUAGGGGUUGGAAAUAUGUUUUAUGCAUUCUAUGAGGAUGGGAUUAAGGUCAUCCAGCCUGUGGAAUGUGAAAUCCAGAGACAUAUAAAGCCAAGUGAAAAGCUACUGGGAUUCCAGGAUGAAGUUUGCCCCAAACUGGAGAGUGAUGCCACUCAGAGAUGUGCCUGGGCCUCUUCUGUGAACGUCAAAGACAAAUACAUUUAUGUCACACAGCCAUAUUUGGACAGAGUGCUCCUUAUUGAUGUCCAGUCACAAAAAGCUGUGCAGUCUGUGAGUACUGAUCCGGUUCCAGUGAAACUUCACUAUGACAAAUCUCACGAUCAGGUCUGGGUUCUCAGUUGGGGGAAUAUGGAGAAGACCACACCAACACUGCAGGUGAUAAACCAGGCCAGUGGGAGUGUGUCCCACCACACCAUCCAUACCCAGCCAGUUGGCAAGCAGUUUGAUAAGGUGGAGGAUUUUUUUAUUCCUGCCACAACCCUCAUCAUUAAUCACAUCAGGUUUGGAUACAUUCUUCAUAAAGAUGAACCAGCCCUUCAUAAAAUUGACCUUGAGACCACAUCGUAUGUGAAGAAGAUUAGCCUGAAAGACUACGACUGUGUACCAAAGUCCCUGGCAUACACCCACUUGGGGGGGUACUACUUUAUCAACUGCAGGCCCGACUCAACCAGUGCUAUGAAACCUCAGCUCAUAGUUGACAGCGUUACUGACUCUGUGAUUGGCUACAACAGUGAUGUUACUGGCACCCCCUAUAUGUCUCCUGAUGGACACUUCCUUGUCAGCAUUGAUGACAAAAAGGGUCUCAUGAGGGUCCAGUCCAUUACAAUUCGAGGGGAGAUUCAGGAAGCAUUUGACAUCCACACUAAUUUGCACAUCUCAGAUGUGGCUUUCCAGCCUUCCUUCACUGAGGCCCAUCAGUACAAUGUGUUUGCCAGUUCAGGGUUACAGACAGAUGUGCUGUAUGUGGAGUUAGCCUCUGGUAAAGUAAAGAUGGUGAAGAGUCUGAAGGAGCCCAUGAAAGGGGUGGAGUGGCCAUGGAAUAGUAAAAACCGCAUGAUCAUGGACAGUGGUCUGUUUGGUCAGUACUUGAUGACACCUUCAAGGGAAUCUUUGUUCAUCCUGGAUGGUCGGCUAAAUAAGUUAAACUGUGAGAUCACUGAUGUCUUUAAGGGAAACACGGUUAUGUGGGUUGGGGAAGCAUAGAAAAUUCCUGUAGUUUGUGACUAACAUUACAAUGUUUUCCAUUUUAACAGCCCGUAAUA